UUUGGUUCAUGAAUGGAGAGGACGAGGUUGAAGUAUCUCCACUACCACGAUGCUACCACACUUGACUACACUUGACUGCACUUGUGACUGACUGUACCGAGUAUUUUCACAGUACCUCAUCCAUACAGUCAGGACCGUCCCUCCUACCACUUACCUCGACCUAAGAUUACAAUCAACAAAUGCAACUAACGUCACCUCUCUUGUUCCAACCCCUCACUUCAUCCAUCGCUCAAUCUUCACUCCUUUCACUCUUCUGGAUCCAUCCAGGUACCUGUCUACCGAUCUACCUUCAUCCCCUCCUUCCUAAAUCUAAACAUCUUUCGAAUGUGUGUGCCUCAAAACUCUAAGGCUCUCAUCAAUCUAAGGCUCUCAUCAAUCAUAUCAUCCCCCAUCCCUCCCUUCACCUCCUCUAUCAAUCGAUAACGAUACCACAUAUACCCCAACUACGCCAAUCUUCAACUCCACACAUAAUCAACAUAAACAGAAACAAUACGAGUCCCGCCAGUCAGGUACACAUACCCUCCCUUUCGACAAUAUCUCAUCCGUUACAUUACAAUAAAUCCAUCACUUCGAUACCCAUUACUUUGAUACCACUUUUUCUCCCAGCCACUUCCAGCUUGACGUUUGAAUAUAAUCUUGAUAUCGGAUGCUGCUGGCUUGAAGAGAGAGAAAAAAAAACACUUCCACGCUCCGCAUUCCUCAACCUUUAAUAAGAUAUAGGAACUAAUUCGGAUUACGAUAUACCAUUUUGGGCAUUUGGUUUUGAUAUUCAUAGGUGGAAAGAAGUCGACAUCUUUUUGUUCUCUUCUCCUCAUCGCGCCGGACGCCUUUUGGUUGGUUGGGAAGGGGUGUAAACAACAAACUUUGGGCACGAAAAGAAGACUUACCUCACCGUCACCGUCGCAUUCGAUAACAACAAGGACAUUUUCAACUACCACCACUACCACUACCAUUUCCUUAUACCUCUUGAAAUCUACCCACAGCAGCCCGCAAGGGAAUCUGGGAUACCGCAUGCGACAUACACUUGAAAAUAUCUUGUGAGCGAUCGGUGACUCGGAAAACAUUCUGCGCCUACCUUUCAUUUUUAUUUUGGUGCGCCUUCGAUCAAUACUUUUCGUCUCAUUGCCGUGAUGUCGUACCGUCAUUUAUUACGACAAACACAAUCUGACUCCACCACUACUGCCAAUCCCAAUACGACAAAGAGGGCACCCUCAAACGCGUCGACCGCAUCAAGUGCUUAUUCCAAUUCUUCUAGCGUCUAUGAAUUAAGUCGCACAAGUACACUGUCAUCAACGACGUCGAGUGGAUACGGAAGUCACAGGAAAGGAUUGGGUGAAGCUACCGGGAUGUAUAGUUCUUCAGAAAAUCGUAGUGGGAAGGGGAGUAUCGAGUCGAGUCCAGAUAGCGCAUACAAGAAUGUUAGAAAAUCUUUGCGACCACUUGCUCAACCUCCAGGUCCAACUUCACCAGAACGAGACAAAACUCCAGUUCAACAUAAUCGCGGGAAAAGUGUCGAUAUGAUCAGGAAUAACUUUCAACCGCACUCUCGGACGCAAAGUGUAGACGUGCAGAAGGCUUCCAUUAAACAACACAACCGCGGGAAGAGCAUCGAUGUAUCCAAAUUGACAUUGUUUGAGUCUCCUCUUCAGUCACCAAUCACUCCAGCAAUAAGUCCAACACGCAGUCCGACGCGCCGCCAACCUAUAGUUCGACCCAAUUCUAUGUUACUGAGCCGUUCCGACUCGAUCAGUAUUGGAGGAGGAGCCCUCUCAAAACUUGGACCGCUACAUCCACACACACCUCUGACACGACCUGAGCUACAGAGUUUCGAACGAUCGUCAACGAGUCAACUUCGCACCCUCUCGAAAUUUGCGCAGACUGCAACUCCUGAUGAUUUUACCAUUACAUCGCCAGAGCAAGAGGUAGCCGGGCUUCAUGGACGACGUAGACUGCAGCGUAGCGCCAUUUCAAAGGACAGAAAUGGUACAUUGAGUAAACCUACGGGAGGGUAUGGUUGGGAGGGACGAAAUUGGAUGGACAAGCAGCGACAAUUUUUACAAGCUUAUGAGUAUCUUUGUCAUAUUGGAGAAGCAAAGGAGUGGAUUGAAGAUAUACUGAAACGAGAGAUUCCGCCGACUGUGCAGCUAGAACAAACUUUGAGAGACGGUGUGACAUUGGCAGAGGUAGUGGAAGCAUUGUAUCCAGAGCGGCGCAUACGGAUAUUCCGGAAUCCCAAACUACAAGCUCGCCAUUGGGACAAUAUUGCUCAAUUCUUCCGGUUUCUCGACGAGGUUCAGCUUCCUGAGCUUUUCCGAUUUGAACUCAUCGAUUUGUACGAGAAGAAGAACAUCCCGAAAGUCAUAUAUUGUAUUCACGCUCUGAGUUGGCUAUUGUUCAGGAAAGGUAUCGUGGACUUCCGAAUCGGAAAUCUCGUUGGACAGCUGGAGUUCGAAGAUCAUGAACUGGAGGAGAUGCAAAAAGGUUUGGAUAAAGCAGGAAUCAGCAUGCCAAGUUUUGGAAACAUGGGAGCGGAUUUUGGAGUCCCUGAACCAGAGCCAGAACCCGAACCUGUCGAAACCGAGGACGAACGGAUUGAUCGAGAGCUUGGCGAAAACGAGGCUAUCAUAGUGGAACUACAGGCACAACUUCGCGGAGCUUGUAUGCGAAUGCACCUAGGAAGGACAAUGCAGGUGCUUUGGGAUACCGAAGAUUGGCUCGUCGACCUUCAAUCGAUGAUUCGCGGAGAUUUUACGCGGCAGAUUGUGGAGUAUCGUUUGAAUAUGAAAAGAUUUGCAGUAAACUUACAACGUCAUGCACGUGGAUUUCUGGUUCGAAAAAGACAAUCGAAUCAGGAGACCUUUUGGAAAAGCCAUGAGGAAGAUGUGCAGAAGAUCCAAAGCUUGUUCAGGGCCAAGAAAGUUGGACAACAAGUCCGAGACGAGGUAGGCAUGAUGCGGUCCACUUUGCAGCAGUCAGAAUUUGUUGUCAAAGAUUUCCAGUCAAGCAUCCGUGGCUUUCUUGCUCGAAAGGUCUUGGUGGCUCAACAGAAGGAAACCGAAUCUGUAACUGUGUCAACCCCAGUAUUGAACCUGCAAGCUGCAGUGAGGGGUAUGCUUGUGAGAAAGAAAAUGAUGGAGCAAGGAGAAGAGAUAUCAUCCAUCACUGUAUCAGCCCCAGUGUCAGACCUGCAAGCUGCAGUGAGGGGCAUGCUCGUGAGAAAGAAAAUCAUGGAGCAAGGAGGAGAGAUGUCAUCCAUAGCUGUAUCAGCCCCAGUGUCAGGUCUGCAAGCUGCAGUGAGGGGCAUGCUCGUGAGGAAAAAGAUGGUAGCUCAAGACAAAGAAACAUCAUCCGUGGCUGUUUCGACUCCCGUGUUAAACUUGCAGGCUGCCAUGAGGGGAAUGCUUCUCAGGAAGAACAUUGCAGAAGACCAGGAAGACCUUUAUCGCGAAGAACCUUCGAUCACAGCGAUUCAAGGGUUUGCCAGGGCUUUGCUGACAAGAAACCAGAUUUCUGAACAACAGGAGGCAUUGCAUGCAUGCACACCCAUCUGGGAAAAGCUCCAAGCAAUUGCGAGGGCAGGUACGCUAAGGAAUGAGGUAUUGGACACACAAGAAGCUUUGAAAAGCCACUCCGAAAGCAUAUCAAAUCUUCAAGCCUUCCUUCGUGCUGGGGCUGUCCGCCGCGAGGUCAACGAGACUUUGUCUGGCCUGGACGAAGAGGAAUUACCAAUACUAGAACUUCAAAGUUUAAUUCGUGGCAUGCUUCUUCGUCGCUCGGUUGAGGAUGAUUUUGACGCUCUCAUUGCAGAAGUUUCGGCAAUUACGGAUCUUCAAUCCAUGGUAAGAGCUGGCAUGGUAAGACAAAAGACCGAAAUGAUUUUGGAUGAUCUUCAGGCGAAUGAAGAAGAAAUUAUACAACUGCAAGCAUUGUCCCGUGCUGUGCUACUUCGCAAUGAUAUCGAGGGAGUGCUGGGAGAAUUGGAGUCGGAAGAAGACGAUAUCGUCGCGAUACAAUCAGCGGCUAAAGCUUCUUUAGUUCGAGCUGCAUUUUUAGAGAAACAGCGCUUCUUCAAGGAGAAUAUGGAAAAGGUCGUCAAAAUCCAAAGCUUCGUCCGUGGCCGCUUACAAGGAGAGGCUUACAAGAGCUUGACAACCGGCAAGAACCCGCCAGUCAACACGGUCAAGAACUUCGUCCAUCUCCUUAAUGAUAGUGACUUUGACUUCAAUGAGGAGAUUGAAUUCGAGCGGAUGCGAAAGACCGUCGUACAGCAAGUUCGACAAAACGAGAUGGCAGAGCAGUACAUUGAUCAGUUAGAUAUCAAAAUUGCCCUUUUGGUCAAGAACAAAAUUACUCUUGAUGAAGUUGUCAAGCAUCAGCGAAAUUUUGGAGGACACUCAGGAAACCUGCUCGUUAAUACCUCCAUGGCAUCGGGCAAUCAAUUCGAUUUGAAAGCGCUCAACAAAAAUUCGAGGAAGAAGCUCGAGCUGUACCAACAGCUCUUCUUUAACUUACAGACUCAACCUCAGUACCUUGCCAGACUCUUCCAAAGAAUCCGUGAACAGGGCACUGCCGAGAAAGAUUGCAAACGGAUCGAGACCUUGAUGAUGGGUUUGUUUGGAUAUGCCCAAAAACGCCGUGAAGAGUACUAUCUGCUCAAACUAAUUGCUCGUUCCGCUAGAGAGGAGAUUGAGCACUUCGCCUCGCUUCAAGACUUUCUCCGCGGUAAUUUCUUUUGGACAAAACUUCUGGCCAACUACACUCGUUCCCCUCGUGACAGAAAGUUCCUUCGUGAUUUGCUGGGCCCUCUAAUCAUGGAAAAUAUCAUUGAAGAUCCCGCACUCGACCUUGAAAGUGAUCCGAUGCAAAUCUACCGCUCAGCAAUCAACAACGAAGAGCUCCGAACUGGUAGACCAAGUCAAAGAGCACUGGAAAUUCCUCGAGACCAGGCAAUUAAAGACCCAGAAACACGAGACAUGUUUAUUGAUCAUCUUCGAGACUUGAGAGAAAUUUCAGAUCUUUUCAUGCUUGCCUUGGAAAGUCUCCUCCACAGAAUGCCUUACGGUGUCCGCUUCAUUUGUCAGCAAAUCUUUGACGGUCUUUGCCAACAAUUUCCUCGCGAAUCCCAACGGAAUCUCUUACAGCUUGUUGGUAACUGGCUUUUCAGGUUCUACUUGUAUCCUGCGUUGACCACUCCUGAGUCCAUGGGCGUAGUGGAAAGACAGCUCACUCCGCUGCAAAAGCGUAAUCUAGGUGAGGUUGCCAAAGUCCUGGGCCAGAUCUCUACUGGACGGUUGUUUGGUGGUGAGAACAUGUUCCUACAGCCAUUGAAUGCCUAUGUCACUGAUGCCAUUGAGCGUAUCACCGAUAUCUUUUCCAACAUAAUUUCGGUUUCGGAUGCGGAAAGCACAUUCGAUAUCGAUGAGUUCAAUGAUCUCUACGCUCGUACAAAACCAACUCUUUACAUAAAGAUGGCCGAUAUUUUCGCCAUUCACAAUCUCAUAUGCGACGACCUUCCACAAAUCUGCCCAAACCGCGAUGAUGUGCUUCGAGAAAUCAUCCAAGAACUUGGCAGUGCAAAGAGCAAUGAGUCUGAAAUGUUAGGUGUCUCCUCAGCCGAAAUUCAGAUGACUUUGACCCCUAAACUUCAUGACAUGGAAGACCCCGAAGCUGAAGUAAAAGCACUUUUUAUGGAGACCAAGCGCUGCAUCCUAUACAUUAUCCGCGUUCAAUCUGGACCGAACCUCAUGGAAAUUCUGGUACGACCGAUCUCACCAGAAGAUGACCAAAAGUGGCACGAUUUACUCCGAGAAGAAUUCUCAGCAGACAGCAAGACUCGCGGCGCAUACUCUGAUGCGAAUACUUUAACAGAUAUUAAAUCUAUGUCAUAUUGGGAACUGAAGCGGACGGCUCUGGAGAACAUCAUGAGGCUCGAACAACUUGGUAGAAUCUCAAGACAAAAUUACUACCAGGACAUUUUAAACGCUAUUGCUGUUGACAUUCGCACCAAGAGCAGACGUCGUGUUCAGAGACAGAGAGAACUAGAAGGUGUUAGAAUGACCUUGGGAAAUUUGGGCGAGAAAGCGGAGUGGCUGGAGUCUCAAAGAAAGAGUUACGACAAUUAUAUCGAACAGGCUAUGAUGACUUUGCAGAAAAAGGGGUAUGAUUUCUCGAACUGCGUAAAUGUUGUAAUGCUAAUGAUUUGAUCCAACAGGAAAAAGCGUUUCCUUAUGCCUUUCUCCAAACAGUACAACCACGAAAAGGAGCUGGAGCGUACUGGUCGCACAUACAAGUUCGGCUCUUUCAAGUACUCGGCUAGAACUCUGUCGGACAAAGGCGUAUUGGUCGCUUGGAAAGGGUAUCCUGAACGUGAAUGGGAUAAGAUCAAUCUCACAAUUUCAUGUGAUCAAGUCGGUGUUUUUUCCAUUGAAGGUAGCAAAGGGAGCAUUGUCAUUACUGGUGCUGUGGCUCAGGUCCCAAUGGACUCCUUGCUGGCCGCACAGUUUGCAAAUCAUCAGUACAUGGAUAUGUUUGAGGGUGCGAUGAGAUUGAACGUCAAUCUAUUUUUGCAUUUGUUGUACAGAAAGUUCUAUAGGACUGAGUGAUGAGGCAGGUCGAUGGCUUGACGAGUGUCGCAAGAGACGAAGUCAUUUGAACAAUGGAUGUGAGGGAGGAAUGAUACAUGAGCAUCCUAUUCCAGUAGGAAAAAUUCUCUAAUUUUAGGCGCAAGUUCGAUUUUAUGGCAUGGAUCGGCGUCGCAUCAAGGUGGUGAAUGGAGACUUGGAAAGUCCCAAGGUUGGCCUGGGUUGGCAUUAUGGAUCCAGGUAUUGUGUAUGUACAUAUUCAUUUUCUUUUGGAGGUGCGUGGGAUGAAGAGAAAGAUGACUGCUAUGAAUGAAUAUUGAUUGUUAGGAAUAUCAUGAGACCAUAUAAAUAUGAAUAUUAUUCUACCA